GCCCGGGCGCGCGCCCCCUCCCCUCCCCCCGCCUCCCCCCUUUCCCACCACAAUGAGCUCCUAAGAUGGCGGUUGGGCCGCAGGCGCCGAGAUAAUUCUUGAUUAAUGGGACAAUAUGGCCACCGGAGGAGGUCCUUUUGAAGAAGGCAGGAAUGGUCAAGAUUUGCCAAGCUGGAGCAAUGAGAGUGUGGAUGAUCGGCUGAACAAUAUGGACUGGGGUGGCCAACAAAAGAAAGCCAACAGAUCAGCAGAAAAAAACAAAAAGAAGUUUGGUGUAGAGAGUGAAAAAAGGGUGACGAACGCCAUUUCCCCUGAGUCAUCACCGGGAGUGGGACGGAGAAGGACGAGGACCCCACACACCUUUCCUCACAGUAGAUACACAACGCAGAUGUCUGCUCCUGAGCAGGCCGAAUUGGAGAAGCUGAAACAGCGCAUCAACUUCAGCGACUUAGACCAGAGGAGCAUUGGAAGUGAUUCUCAAGGCAGAGCAACAGCUGCUAACAACAAACGACAGCUUGCGGAAAACAGAAAGCCCUACAACUUUUUGUCGAUGCAGAUUAACACAAACAAAAGUAAGGAUGUCGGCACAAGUCCUCAAACGAGGGAGACGAGUGGGUCAUCUCAGUGUAAAGAGUUAUUUGCGUCUGCUUUGAGUAAAGAUCUUUUACAAAACUGUCAAGUCUCUGAAGAAGAUGGGAGAGGAGAACCUGCCAUGGACAGCAGCCAGAUUGUGAGCAGGCUGGUUCAGAUUCGGGACUAUAUUGCCAAGGCUAGCUCCAUGCGGGAUGAUCUGGUAGAGAAAAAUGAGAGAUCUGCUAAUGUUGAGCGCCUCACACACCUCAUAGAUCAUCUCAAAGAACAAGAAAAGUCCUACCUGAAAUUUCUGCAAAAGAUGCUUGCUAGAGAAAAGGAGGAGGAGGAUGUUCGGACUCUAGAUUCCGCUGUGGGAUCUGGCUCUGUAGCUGAGAGCACAUCGCUAAACAUAGAUGUGCAAUCGGGGGCUUCAGACGCCACGGCCAGAGACCCUCAGCAGGAGCCAAGGGAAGAGCUGGAAAACUUGAAGAAACAACACGAUUUGUUAAAAAGAAUGUUACAGCAGCAGGAGCAGUUGAGAGCUUUACAAGGAAGGCAAGCUGCUCUCCUGGCUCUGCAGCACAAAGCUGAGCAGGCCAUUGCUGUGAUGGAUGAUUCCGUUGUCACGGAGACCACGGGCAGCAUAUCUGGCAUAAGUAUAACAUCGGAGCUCAACGAGGAGCUGAAUGACUUAAUCCAGCGUUUUCACAAUCAGCUGCACGACGCUCAGGCCCCAGCUGUUCCAGACAAUAGGAGACAAGCAGAAAGCCUUUCAUUAGCCAGGGACGAUUUCCCAAAGCAGGAAUUCAUCUGGUCUCAGAGCAGUUGUCUGAUGAGGAAAGUUCAACUUUUUAGCAAAAUGCGAGGUGUUGCAAAGAAAAGAAAACAGAAAAUGGACAAAUUGCUUGGAGAACUUCAUACACUGCGUGAUCAGCACCUGAAUAACUCUGCUUGUAAUUUUGCCUCACCUUCCCCUCAGAGGAGCGUGGAUCAAAGGAGCACAGGUUCAGCAGCCUCUGCCCCGGGGGGGCUGGUCCCAGCCGCCCAUGGCGAGUCCUCCAGUCACGUGCCCUCGGCUGCUUAUGCCCCUGACGUGGUGGCUUCUCAGCAGGAGAGUGACAACGAGGAGCAUCUCAACCCGACAGAAAAGCUGCAAAAACUGAAUGAAGUUCGGAAGAGGCUGAAUGAAUUAAGGGAAUUAGUUCAUUAUUAUGAACAGACGUCAGAUAUGAUGACCGAUGCUGUGAACGAGAACACCAGAGACGAAGAGGAGACAGAAGAGUCAGAAUAUGACUCAGACCAUGAGAACCCUGCGCCCGUCACCAAUAUUCGAAACCCCCAGGGGGCUGCCAGCUGGGCCGAGGUGAACAGUAAUACAAAUGCGCAGUGUGCCACCAACAACCGGGAUGGGAGAACCCUCAACACAAACUGUGAGAUCAACAACAGAUCGGCCGCAAACUUGCGCACCCUGAACGUGUCCUCCUCUCUCGAAUGCCGAUACAACAGAGAAGGAGAACAAGAUAUGGAUGGAGGCCAAGGUGAAGAUGAGGAAGAGGAAGAAGCAGAAGAGGAUGGCGGCAGCGAAGCCUCCCUCUCCAGUCACAGAAGCAGCUUGGGGGAUGAGGCCCCCGAGGACGCGGAAUUUGAACAGAAGAUCAGCAGGCUGAUGGCUGCCAAGCAGAAGCUGAGACAGUUACAGGAUCUGGUCGCUAUGGUGCAGGAUGAUGAUGGUGAGCCUGGAGCGAUCUCGGCGGCCAGCGCGUCUAACUUGGGGGACUUCUUCCCGGCGGAGGAGCCAGAGGCCACGCAGCACUCCAAUAACACGAGGGCCAACACCGGUAAAACACCGAAGGAGGCUGGGCUCAACGAGAAGGCGAGAGAGAAAUUCUAUGAAGCCAAAUUGCAGCAGCAGCAGAGGGAGCUCAGACAGCUGCAGGAAGAAAGAAAGAAGCUGAUGGAGAUUCAGGAAAAAAUCCAAGCCCUACAGAAGGCGUGUCCUGACCUCCAGCUCUCUGCUGUGAGCGUGAGUAACUGCUCCUCUAAGAAAUAUGCACCGGCAGUGACCUCGACACCGGCUGUGAACGAGACCGAGAAAGCCCCACAAACCAAAGCGGCAUUUGUGGCAGAAGAGCCGGCAGGGCCAGUGGCGGCGGAUAGUGAGUUGUGGUCUGAAAUGCGAAGACAUGAGAUUUUAAGGGAAGAAUUGAGACAAAGAAGGAAGCAGCUCGAAGCCCUCAUGGCCGAGCAUCAGCGGAGGCGGGAUCUAACGGAGACGGCAUCCACAGCCGCCGUGUCAGUCAGAAGCGAUGGCUCUGAGAAUCCGUGCACACCGCAGCAGAGCAGAACGGAAAGUAAAACAAUGGCAACAUGGGGAGGUUCUACCCAGUGUGCCCUGGACGAAGAAGGCGACGAGGACGGCUACCUUUCUGAUGGCGUUGUUCGAGCAGAGGAGGAGGAGGAGGAGGAAGAACAAGAUGCCAGCUCAAAUGAUCACUUUCCCCUGUAUCCUCCCAACAGCGUGACUCAUAACCCCUAUGGUGUGAAGGACAACAAGGAUAGGUGGAAGGCCAGCCGUCCCCUUUCUGCAGAUGGCAAUUACCGUCCCCUAGCCAAGACAAGGCAGCAGAAUAUCAGCAUGCGGCGGCAAGAGAACCUCCGCUGGGUGUCAGAGCUCUCUUAUGUGGAGGAGAAAGAACAGUGGCAAGAGCAGAUCAACCAGCUCAAGAAGCAGCUGGACUUCAGUGUCAGCAUUUGCCAGACUCUAAUGCAGGAUCAGCAGACCCUCUCGUGUUUGCUGCAGACCCUGCUCACGGGGCCCUACAGUGUCAUGCCCAGUAAUGUGGCAUCCCCCCAAGUCCAUCUGAUUAUGCACCAGUUAAACCAGUGCUAUACUCAAUUAACAUGGCAGCAGAAUAACGUUCAGAGGCUGAGACAGAUGCUGAGUGACCUGAUGCGCCAGCAAGAGCAGCGACCUGAGAAGGCGGGCAGGAAGGAGCGAGGCAGCAGCGCGCCACCGCCACCCUCCCCAGCUCUAUUCUGUCCCUUCAGCUUCCCUGCCCAGCCUGUGGGUCUCUUCAAUCUCCCAGGAUUCUCCCAUUUCUCUUCAUUUGCACCAGGUGUGAAUUUCAAUCCUUUAUUUACAUCUAAUUUUGGAGAUUUUGCACAAAAUAUCUCUGCACCCAGUGAUCAGCAACAACCAGCAGACCAAAAUAUUCCGGGGAAAACUGAGUACGUGGCAUUUCCUAAACCCUUUGAAAGCAAUUCCUCCAUUGGAGGUGAAAAGCAAAGAAAUCAAAGGCAGCCUGAGGAGGAGGUGGAAAACAGUCAACCGGCAUGGCUGUUUGAGCAAGAAGGUGGCCUGGGGAAGCCUUUCAUCAAGACCGGCUUUGCCGUGUCUGUCCAGAAAACCGCCAGUAACCAUCGCCCAGAUCAGCUCGACGGCAGCCGAAGGAGACGGCAGUUUGACGAGGAGUCCUUGGAGAGCUUCAGCAGCAUGCCUGACCCCGUGGACCCGACCACGGUAACAAAAACCUUCAAAACUCGGAAAGCGUCUGCUCAGGCCAGCCUGGCCUCCAGAGACAAGACCCCCAAGUCAAAGACCAAAAAGAAGAUGUCUAUGCAGCUGAAAGCGAGAGCUAAAAGCACUGGGUAUGAAAGUGCCAGUAUGUCUAGUACGUGUGAGCCUUGCAAGAGUAGGAACAGGCAUGCAGCCCAGACCGACGAGCCUGUCCCAGCAAAAGUAUUCAGCAGAAAGAAUCAUGAGCAGCUGGAAAAAAUUAUAAAAUAUAGUCGAUCGACAGAGAUGUCCUCAGAAACUGGAAGUGAUUUUUCUAUGUUUGAAGCUUUGAGAGAUACUAUUUAUUCUGAAGUAGCAACGUUGAUUUCUCAAAACGAAUCCCGUCCUCAUUUUCUCAUUGAGCUUUUCCAUGAGCUGCAGCUACUUAACACAGACUAUUUGAGACAGAGAGCACUGUAUGCACUGCAGGACAUAGUCAACAGGCAUAUUUCUGAGACUAAUGAAAAAGAAGGUGAAAAUGCCAAAUCAAUGAAUUCUGCUCCUUGGAUAGCCUCAAACUCAGAACUGACUCCCAGUGAAAGCCUCGCCACUACUGAUGAUGAAACUUUUGAGAAGAAUUUUGAAAGAGAAACCUGUAAAAUUGGCGAGCGAAAUGAUGUUGACAACGCCAGCACCUUGUCUACGUCUUCUAAUUUUGAGCCCUUUGCCACCGAUGAUCUUGGCAACACCGUGAUCCACUUGGACCAAGCACUGGCUAGGAUGAGAGAGUAUGAACGAAUGAAAACUGAGGCUGAAAGUCACCUGAGUACAGAGGGCACUGGGGCCGCUGCCACCGCCACCACCUCUGCCACCACUGCUUCCACCUUAGAAGAAUCUCCAAAAAUUGAGCCUCGUAGUGCACAACAAGCCCUCAGUGAAGUCGCUGCUGUUCCUUGUCCUCGGAUCGACACUCAGCAGCUUGACCGGCAAAUAAAAGCAAUUAUGAAAGAGGUCAUUCCUUUUUUGAAGGAACACAUGGAUGAGGUGUGCUCCUCACAGCUGCUGACCUCAGUGAGACGCAUGGUUCUGACCCUCACCCAGCAAAAUGACGAGAGCAAAGAAUUUGUGAAUUUCUUUCACAAGCAGCUGGGAAGCAUUCUGCAGGAUUCACUGGCAAAAUUUGCUGGCCGGAAGCUGAAGGACUGCGGUGAGGACCUUCUGGUGGAGAUUUCUGAAGUUUUGUUCAAUGAAUUGGCUUUCUUCAAGCUUAUGCAAGAUCUGGACAACAACAGCAUCUCUGUGAAACAGCGAUGCAAGAGGAAGAUGGAGGCCGCCGGGGUGAUGCCAUCUUACGCGAAAGAGGCAAAAAGAAUUCUUGAGGGAGAUCUUGGCUCACCUGCUGGAGAAAUUGAUGAUGAAGAUAAAGACAAGGACGAGACCGAGACGGUGAAGCCGGCGCCACUGCCACCCUCUGAGGUGUACAAUGGUGGCGAGGCACCUAAGAACACAAGGUCCGAUGUAUCUGAUCAGGAGGAGGAUGAAGACAGUGAAGGAUGCCCUGUGUCCAUCAAUCUGUCCAAAGCGGAAACUCAGGCCUUAACAAACUACGGGAGCGGAGAAGACGAGAAUGAGGACGAAGAGAUCGAGGACUUUGAAGAAGGGCCUGUGGACGUCCAGACGUCCCUUCAGGCCAACAACGAAGCAACCGAGGAGAACGACCAAGACCAGGUUCUACAAAAUGAAUUUGAGAAGUCCAUGGAAAAGGAAGGCCUCCUAUGCGAACGGGAGCCUGCCAAUGGCCAGAGCAGCCACAAAGGUGACCACGGUGACUCUCCUGCCAUGCCUGGCUACCUUAACGUCUUGGACAGUGAGCAGCCCCUGAGCGGCCCGCCCCCGCUGGAGUCCACAGUGACCCCCGGGGGGCCCUCAGAAGAGCCGAAGCCUUCUUUACCCAUCACUGAGGUGGAGGCCUCCGUGCCCAGAAACAGCCAGGUGAAGUCCACUUCAGAAACUCCCGAGAGCUCUGUGGCCGGAAGUCCUGACACCGAGUCGCCGGUGCUGGUCAAUGAUUACGAAGCGGGAUCCGGCCAUUUAAGUCAGAAGUCUGACGAAGAGGACUUCGUCAAGGUGGAAGACUUGCCCCUUAAGCUGACCAUUUAUUCCGAGGCAGAUCUGAUGAAGAAGAUGGCAGCAGAGGAGCAGAGUAACCAUUUAUCUGAGGAAAUAUUAACCGUGACUCACACUGAGGAAUUGGCUGGGGACCCUCAGACCCUGAAAGAGCCUGAAGCCGUUGCAGCCCGAAGCGUGUGAGAGAUCUCCAGCCACCUGCCUUCCCCUGCCCCCACCAAUGCAUAUCUUUCCUGGGCACUAAAUAAACUUGCUUCCAUCUGUACAAAAAUGUAAAUUAGUUUUUGACCCACUGCCUUUUAGACUAGCUAUCGCUCACUUCUGCUCAGGCAGGUCACACGGCGCAGACGGGAUCCCCCCCUCGAUCCGAGGCUUGCUGCACUGUUCUUUUUUAUUUUUUCAUUGUGAUUUGUUUAGUAACUUUCAACUGAAAAUGUAGUUUUCAAUAAAGUUUGGACUUGUCUGUAAA